UGAACGUUUGAGAGCGGAGCGUGGUUGUGUUUCAGGCGAUGGGAAGUGUGUACAGCAGUUUACUGAGAGAGAAAAUCAUCAUUCAUUUCUUUCCGAACAAGAGUCAGGUGUGGUAGAAGUGGCGGGGAUGUGGGAAAAACCCAAUGGGAAACGUUUUCGGCAGAAUAGAACGCCCAAGUCGAGUAACAGAGCAGGACCGUGCUAUCUUGCAACUAAAACAGCAACGGGAUAAACUGAAGCAGUACCAGAGGAAACUCACUGUUCAACUGGAGAAAGAGAGGCUUCUAGCCAAGCAACUACUAAAGGAUGGGAGGAAAGAAAGAGCUCUUCUGCUGCUCAAAAAGAAGCGCUACCAGGAUCAGCUUCUGGACAAGACAGAGACCCAGAUAAGCAACCUAGAGCGCGUGGUCCAAGAUCUUGAAUUUGCUCAGAUUGAAGUAAAAGUCUUGGAAGGUCUAAAGAUCGGCAAUGACUGCUUGAAAAAAAUGCAUGAGGCACUGUCCAUUGAAGAAAUAGAAAGAAUAAUGGAGGAGACACAGGAUGCUGUGGAAUAUCAGAAGCAAAUCGAUGAGAUGCUGGCAGGCUCCCUGAGCCAGGAGGAUGAGGAGGCUGUGCUGGCCGAGCUGGAGGCCAUCGCUCAGAUUUCUUCCGUUUUAAAGGAUGAAGACGUCAAACUUCCUGAAGUGCCCAACGAGCCCUUGCCGCCAGUGCCCGAGCUAAAAAAGGAGAGAAAACCGGCUGAAGUUGAGCAGGAUGGAGAGAUUCUGUUGGCAUAGUUUUGCAGAUGACGGUCUUGAGUUACAGAUUGAUCACAUGUUAAUCAGCCUCUCGUACGAAGAGGAGAGCAUGCCGAAAGCCACGCGAUUCUUUCUUGUCAGCUCUUCCCAUGACUUUUUCUUACACCUGACUCUGUGUAUGCAAUGCUUGUACUGACUUUGUUUAUUUAUUUAUGAGGAAGGUAAAAAUGUCUGAUUUGAACAGAACCACUGAACUUGGACCGAAGUUUGUCAGCUUCGAAUCAUAUUCUUAUGAGUCAUUUAUGAUCACAGAUUGGCUUGAAUUGGUGGCCAUAAUUAUGAUAAUGAUAAAAGAUUUUUGCAACUGCUUCCAUUUGUGGUUGAUAGAAAAUGAAUUAGACAAGCAUUACACACUCGUUUUUUUUUAUAUAAUUAUAACCAUAAAAUGAAGAAACUGAGAUUCGAAGAAAAUGUUCACAGUGCAUGUUGAUAAAGUAUGACUCUUACUGCAUGUUAUGUAUAUGUAAAAUUGAACAUUUUGUAGAUGUCAGUAUUAAUGUGUGUUUUUAUGGGUUCUUACUCAAAAUACUACACUUUUAUUAUAUGCCCACCAAGAAAUCAAUCCCUGAAAGCCUUGUCUAAAUGUGUGAUACGCCUUUCAUGUUUGUAUAGCAAGUAAAACCUACUCAGGCUUGA